UAUUCAAUGAAAAUACUUAUUCUUCAUGGUAUCAGAGCCUAACUAAAACCCUAAAAAUAUCCUCCCUAGUUUCGGCCCUCCCCUUCGCCGAACCUCCACCUGCGCCGCCGUCUCUCUCCUCCUCUUUUUCACGGCAGGCAGCUUCCUCCCCCUCCUUCCAUGGCUGAAAGUGAAGUUAUCUCUCAAUCCUCCACCCAAAAAUCUCCACAUCUGGCUUUCUCUGUCUCCAACGUCAAACUCCAUGUUCCAAUCCAACUCAGCUUUUCUCAACCAAACUACAAAAAGUGGAGCCGCCCGUUCCUUCUUCUUGCACGGCGGUUCAACCUUCAGGGUUAUCUCAACGGUUCUAUUGCUCCCAUCUCCGAUGACGACGAUGAAUGGUUUCAGCUUGAUGCCGUUCUCCAAGGCUGGAUUCUCUCCACCAUCACUGAUGAAGUUUCAGAUCUAGUUAUUUCCUCUGUCUCUACUGCUUCUGCUCUCUGGAAGGUGAUUCAUGACCUGUUUCACGACAAUAAACAUGCUCGCGCCAUGCAAUUCGAGCACCAAUUUCGUACCACCGUCAAAGGAUCUACUCCCAUGGCUACGUAUUGUCAAGAGCUCAGAAAUAUUGCAGAUUGGCUAGAUGACGUCGAUGCCCCCGUGUCUGAGCACCAACUUGUUCUCCAAAUGUUGCGUGGCCUCCCCGACAAUCUACAAGCCCAAACUUCGUUCCUUCAAUUUCAAGAUCCCCUGCCGAGUUUCCUCCAGGUCCGGUCGGCCCUCCUUCUCCUUGACCGACAACGGACCCCCCUGGGCAGCACCAGCAGCACGACGCUGCUGGCGGGGCAUGGCGGCAGCAGCCACGCCGGUGGACAGCACGGCGGGCCUGGCGGGCGCGGCUCCUCUCAUGGUGGCAACUCCGGCGGUGGCGGACAAUUUUUUGGCAGCAGCUAUGGUGACGGUUCAUCCUCCGGGCAGCGUGGCGGCUUUGGACGCGGACAAGGGCGUGGCAACGGCAACCGGGGUCGUGUAAUUUUAACCACUUGUUUCUUAACCUUCUUUGAUGCAAAUGUUCAUGGAGAAAUUGAUCAUCGCCAUAAGAACCAUACCAGUCAUAAAAAGAGCAAACCGCUUGCGCCUCUAUCGCCAGAAAGUGUUAUUGCAGCCAGCCCGCGGGUGUACCACGUGGCCUCAUACGGCGGUGCGGACCCCACCGGCGUUAAUGACAGCACGGAAGCUAUUAGGAGAGCAAUCGGAGAAGCGCUUCAAGCUCGGGGGAGAGAGUUCUUGUACACCCGAAUUCGGAAUCUCGGCGGCGUCAGGGUGGAUCUUGACGGUGGGGUUUAUGUCGUCUCACAGCCUCUGCAGCUCCCGCCGGGGACCGGAAAUUUUGUGAUUCAUGGAGGAACACUAAAGGCGUCGGAUGAUUUCCCGACGGGCGAGAGCUAUCUGAUCGACUUAAGCGCUGGCAAUGCAAGCUUAGAGUACAAUUUCGAGUUCGUCACUUUCAGGGACCUAUUUCUGAAUUCCAACCUCCGGGGAGGGGGAAUUCGUGUGGUCAACUCCCUGAGGAUCUCCGUUGACAAUUGCUACAUUACAGGUUUCACCUCAGAGGGAAUUUCCGUCGCCGGCGGUCACGAAACCUACAUCAGAAAUUCAUUCCUCGGUCAACACAUCACCGCCGGCCACGACCCCGGUGAAUCGCACUUCGGUGGGACGGCAAUCAGUCUGAGCGGCAACGACAACGCCGUGACGGACGUCGUGAUUUUCUCGGCACAAAUCGGGAUCCUGAUUUCCGGCCAAGCCAACAUAUUGACCGGUGUUCAUUGUUACAAUAAGGCCACCGGAUUCGGCGGCACCGGGGUUUACCUAAAAACCCCUGGGUUGACGCAGACGAGGAUUGUGAAUUCCUACUUCGAUUACACCGGUAUUGUGGCAGAGGACCCCGUCCAGCUUCAAAUCUCCAACUGCUUCUUUCUCGGAGAUGCCUACAUUCUCUUCAAGUCCGUCAAUGGUGUCAUCAAUGGUGUCACCGUGGCCGACAACAUGUUCAGCGGAAGCUCACAAGAUGACAUUGUUCGGUUGGACGAGAGAAAGGGGUCAUUCAAGCACAUUGAUCAAGUAACCAUUGAUAGGAACAACGCCCGGGGAAUGAACAUCAAAUCCACAAUUGCUAGGGCUAAAUCGAAUAAUGUUACAUCAAGCACAUCUUGGAAAGUAGAUCUCAAUCACAUUCUUCUCUUUCCUAACAGGACCACGUACGUCGAAUACACGUUCUUUCCCUCUGAGGACUCCUUCCCUAAGCACGCAUUGAAAAGCAUUUCGAACAAUCUUGUUGUGGUUGAGUCGGAUGUGGAAGUUGUGGCAACCGUUUUCGUCGUGGCUCAGCAAGGAAACUCACAUUAAAGAUGAGAACAAUGCCAUGUUGUGUGUAGUAAAGGUUCAUUGAUGACUUGGUUAUUAUGUGAUCUUGUGGAUGUAUUUUGUCAACAGAAUGUAAUAAUUAAUGAGGAAUUUA